UGGGGCUCUCCCCCUCACUUCUCUGCUGGUCAGUCCAGGAUGAGGCUGAGGGUGACGACCCUACUCCUCUUUGUGCCCUUGGUGAGCCUGUGGCUGGUCCCGUGGCCCUGGCAGUGGCUGUGGUUGAUCCCUUCCCUGGGGCUCCCUUGGCUUCUUCGAUGGCUCCCUGGGGACCUGGCCCAGAGGUUCCCGGCCUGGAUCCGCUGGCUGCCAGAAGAUUUGGUCUAUAUUGGCAACGUUCUGUACAUGAACCUGGGCCACAUAGGUUCCUACACAUCCUUUGUGGACCUAUUUGAGGCCCGGGCCAGAGCUAAUCCAGACGGGUUGAUGGUGGUGGACACAAUCUCUGGCCUCCAGGUGAGCCUGGGGGAGAUGGAUCGAAGUUGCUGCCGAGUGGCCCGGGCCCUGGGUGCAGCCCUACAUGGAUCUGUGGGGCUGAAAGAAGGAGAUGUGGCGUCUCUGUUCUUCCUUGGAUCCCAGGGCAUCUCCUCCCUCAGUCUCUGGUUUGGCCUCAGUAAGCUGGGCUGCCAGGUCGCCUGGAUCAACCCCCACCUCCGAGGGGCCUCCCUCCUCCAUGCUGUGCUCAGUGCUAGGUCCUGCAUCCUAGUGGCUGACCCAGAGCUACAGGAGGUUGUGGAGCCCAUUUUUCCAAAGCUGAUGGCCCAGGGCAUCCGGUGCUUCUACCUGAGUUCCACCUCCCCCACGAGGGGUGUGGAGCCCCUGAAGGACCGCAUAGAGGCAGCCUCCUCUGAUCCAGUGUCCCCCCAGAUUCGAGCUGGAGUCACCUCUAAAAGCCCGGCUCUGUUCAUCUACACCUCUGGGACCACAGGACUCCCCAAGCCAGUAAUCUUGACCCACAAGCGGAUAUUGAUGAUAGCGACAACCAUGGGAGUUUGUGGGGUCCGGCAGAACGACAUCAUCUACACAGCCCUGCCUCUUUACCAUACCUCUGCCUUGCUGCUUGGCAUCAUGGGCAGCAUCCAGCAAGGGUGCACCUGUGUCCUGGCCCCGAAGUUCUCAGCCUCAAGGUUCUGGGAUGACUGUCGCAAGUAUCAGGUGACUGUUAUUCAGUACGUUGGAGAGGUCCUUCGUUACCUGUGCAACACCCCUGAGCGACCCUGUGACCGAGAGCACAAGGUCCGAAUGGCUGUGGGGAAUGGCCUUCGGCAAGAGGUCUGGAGACAGUUCCUGCAGCGCUUUGGGCCCAUUAAAAUCUGCGAGUUCUAUGGAUCCACAGAGGGGAAUGUGGGCUUCAUUAACUACACUGGACGUUUGGGGGCUAUAGGCAAGAGCAGCCCUCUCCUUUGGCUGCUCAAUCCCUUUGAGCUCAUCCAGUUUGAUACUGAGACAGAGAAACCCAUUCGGGAUGAGAAGGGUCGCUGCAUCCCAGUGAGGCCUGGGGAAACAGGGCUGCUGGUAUCACGCGUCACCAGCUUUUCACCCUUCCUGGGGUACCUUGGGUCACGGGAGGACACAGAGAAGAAGCUACUCCGGGAUGUGGUGCGGCCAGGGGAUAUCUACUUCAAUUCUGGGGACUUGAUGUCCAGGGACUCAGAUGGCUUCCUCUACUUCCAAGACCGCAUUGGUGACACAUUCCGCUGGAAGGGAGAAAAUGUGUCCACACGGGAGGUGGAAGGUGUGUUGGCCUCAGUGGACUUCCUGGAAGAGGUGAAUGUCUACGGUGUUCCGGUACCUGGUUGUGAGGGGAAGGUUGGGAUGGCAGCGGUGCAGCUGAGAACUGGGAAAGAAUUUGAUGGCCAGAAACUGCACGAGUUCAUUGAGAAGGCUCUCCCAGCCUAUGCUGCCCCGCACUUCAUUCGGAUCCAGGACUCCUUGGAAAGCACAGGCUCAUUUAAACUCACUAAGUCUCGACUGGUUCGAGAGGGUUUUGACUUGAGUGCCACACUUGACCCCCUGUAUGUGUUGGACAGAAAAUCCAGGAUCUUCCAGCCACUGACCCCAGAUUUGCACCGUGCCAUAUUGGAUGGAAGCUUCCAGCUGUGACGCCCGACUCUAAACCCCAAGGCAUUCACAGUGACCCCUGACCCAAAGCUUCCAAGUCCUCUCCAGGAAGGUGACCACACACUCUCUACCUAACUCAUGCUUCUGAUGAUCUCUGGAUGGUUGGGGGAGGCAGGUAAAGAAGGGAUGCCUAACCAUUUUCUAGGCAAUAAGAUGGAGGUUAACUUUCCCAAGAUCAGGUCAAUUUGAGGAGGAUGUUGGGGUGGGAAAUCUACUAAAUUUAUCCCCUGAGCUUACUCCUCAUUUUGGUAGGACCAAGUAGCAGCUUCCCGAUAUGCUCCCCAAAUGCCCUCAGCAGAACCUCUGUCCCAGUGCAGGGGGAAAACACUGGGGAGAUAAAAACAAAAAUGAAACUGUCUUUGACCGCAA